AACCAUCAUUACCAUGCACUAACAAAACCAUAAUCAGCACUAAGCAUUUUGGUCACUAUUCAAUUCUAAAUCAAUAUAAAGAAUGAUGAUUCAUCUUCCAACCUAUUCAUGAUGAGUUCCUUCUACUUGUUCCUUCUGCUUCCAUCUCUCUUCUUCUUCUUCCUCCCCAUUCACUGCUUUAACAUCAUCCAAGGAGCCACCGAUAAAAAUACUAAAGCUUAUUAUAACUGCACAAUUAAUGGUACUUUUGCAUCCAAUAGCACGUACCGUUCCAACACCAUAACACUCCUUAACUGGCUCUCCUCCAAUGCCACCACAGAUUCCAGAUCCUACAACACUACAGUAAUUGGCAAAACCACUUCAGACACAGUCUAUGGCCUCUACAUUUGUACAAGAGACAGCACACCAGGAAUGUGCCAAGACUGUGUGGCAGAAGCAUCAAAACUCAUAUCAUCUCUUUGUAGCAAAGCAAAAGAAGCCAUGGUUUGGUACCGUGUAUGCUAUAUGCGUUACUCUAAUCGUAAUUUCUUCUCCAAUGUGGAGGAAAGUCCAAGUAUCACCUUUGUGAGUGACAUUGACUAUGUGGGUCAAGUUGGGCGCUACAACACUAUUCUCUGGAAUAUGCUGAAUGAUAUGAGAACUAUGGCUGCUGCUGAUUCAAAUAAAACGGCUGCAAUGACUCAGAAAAUCACAGAUCAUCAAAACAUAUAUGGUUCCGCUUGGUGUCUCCCUUAUCUUUCCACCGAGAACUGUAGUUGGUGUCUGAGUGAUGCCAUUGCAUAUAUUCCAGCAGGUUGCUGCAGGGGAAAAUCUGGAGGAACUGUGAUGUAUCCCAGUUGUGGUAUUAGAUAUGAAUUAUAUCCAUUCCUUAAGGAACACAAUAUAGUUCCUCCGCCGCUGCGGCCACCACCACCGCAAAGAGAUUCUCGUCCUUUGGCUCCAGGUUUUGUAAGCGGUAAACGAAAGCAGAAGAACUUACCAUUAAGUAAAGUCGCUGUUCCAAUUGCCAUUGUCGUUGCACUUGUGCUUUUAACUUUGGGUGGUUGCUGCUUUCUACGUAGAAAAGGAAGAAAGAGUCAAGAUGAUAUUCUCAAAGAAAACUUUGGGAAUGAUAUAAGCACUUUGGAGUCCUUGCGAUUUGAACUAGCCAGGAUUGAAGCUGCAACAAAUAGAUUUGCCACAGAGAACAGGGUAGGCAAAGGUGGAUUUGGAGAAGUCUAUAAGGGUAUUCUUUUAAAUGGACAAGAAAUUGCUGUGAAGAGGCUUACUAGAAGCUCUGGACAAGGUGCAAUAGAGUUUAAAAAUGAGGUUCUUGUUAUAGCUAAGCUUCAACACAGAAAUCUAGUGAGGUUACUGGGAUUUUGUUUGGAAGGUGAAGAAAAGAUACUCAUCUAUGAGUAUGUGCCAAACAAAAGCCUUGACUACUUUCUUUGUGAUCCUCAAAAGCGAAGACAAUUAUCUUGGAUUCAACGUAAACAGAUCAUCAUGGGAAUUGCUAGAGGAAUUCUAUACCUGCAUGAAGAUUCUCGCCUCAAAAUAAUACAUCGUGAUCUAAAACCAAGUAAUGUUUUGUUAGAUAGUAAUAUGAAUCCAAAAAUAUCAGAUUUUGGCAUGGCUAGAAUUGUUGCUGUGGAUCAAAACGAAGAAAACACGCAUAGAAUAGUCGGAACAUAUGGUUAUAUGUCUCCAGAAUAUGCAAUGUUUGGACAAUUCUCCGUAAAAUCGGAUGUGUUUAGUUUUGGAGUCAUGGUACUCGAGAUCAUUAACGGGAAGCGAAAAGGAACCUCCUCUUCUGAAUCAGAGUGUAUUGAUGACAUCCGAAGACAUGCUUGGGAAAAAUGGACAGAAAAAACGCCAAUGGAACUAUUGGAUCCUAACAUGGAAGGCCCUUAUUCAAAGGAAGAAGUCAUAAAAUGCAUUCAGAUUGGUUUGUUAUGUGUUCAAGAAGAACCAAAUGACAGACCUACAAUGGCAACAAUUGUUUUUUACCUAAAUAGCUCUUCACUCAACUUGCCAUCCCCUCGUGAACCAGCAUACUAUUUCAAGAACAACAGAACAGAGGAAAGCAUGACAACAAGCAAGGAGUUGGUUAAUGACAGCAAUUCCAUCAAUGAAAUCACCAUAAGUAAAUUCUUUCCUCGUUAAUAUAUGGGUGGGGAAUUACUUAUCAUAAUAAUCAAGGAACAUAUAUAGAGUUUAACCUGUCCUUGAUUACAUGUGAGUGUAAUGACAUGAGGAUUUUGCAGUUUGUACAAUGUUUAGUUAGGCAAUUCUAAUGCUGGCAAGUUUGAAGGAUAUAAGAAUUCCAUCUUAAGACA